GCACAGGCUCCCCGGUGCCCGCCCCUCCGCCGGGAGGGGGGCGCGAGCGGGCGGCCGGGGAGGGGCCGGUGCGGCCGCUGCAAAAUGAGCCUGCUGUCGGCCAUCGACACGAGCGCCGCCUCGGUGUACCAGCCGGCCCAGCUGCUCAACUGGGUCUACCUGUCGCUGCAGGACACGCACCAGGCCAGCGCCUUCGAUGCCUUCCGGCCUGAGCCGCCCGCCGGCGCCGCGCCCCCGGAGCUGAGCUUCGGCAAGGGCCGUCCGGAGCAGCUGGGCUCGCCUCUGCACUCCAGCUAUCUCAACAGCUUCUUACAGCUGCAGCGCGGAGAGGCGCUGAGCAGCAGUGUGUAUAAGAGCGCCUCGCCCUACGGCUCCCUCAACAACAUCGCUGACGGCCUGAGCUCGCUCACCGAGCACUUCUCGGACCUGACCCUCAGCUCUGAGGCCCGCAAGCCCAGUAAGCGGCCUCCGCCCAAUUACCUGUGCCACCUGUGCUUCAACAAGGGCCACUACAUCAAAGACUGUCCCCAGGCACGCCCCAAAGGCGAGGGUCUGACACCGUACCAGGGCAAGAAGCGCUGCUUCGGGGAAUACAAGUGUCCCAAGUGCAAGAGAAAAUGGAUGAGCGGGAACUCCUGGGCCAACAUGGGGCAGGAGUGCAUCAAGUGCCACAUCAAUGUGUACCCGCACAAGCAGAGGCCCCUUGAGAAGCCUGAUGGCCUGGAUGUGUCCGACCAGAGCAAGGAGCACCCGCAGCACCUCUGCGAGAAGUGCAAGGUGCUGGGCUACUACUGCCGCCGCGUGCAGUGACCACGCCGCCCGCCACCUCCCCACACCGCACAAGGAGCCACCGUGUGUCCCCUGGCCUCGCAUAUGCACGGUGACAGUGUUGCUGAAGUCUCUGUCCCAGGGCCCCCGCCCCUGGGAGGCCCUCUGGGGUGAGCAGCCUGCAUUGGCCACAAGGGCACCAAAUUCACUGUGAAUCCCAAGACCCAGAGGGGUCGUGUCCCCAAGGCCAGCCAGGCCUCCUCCUGUUCAGAACCAUCUUGUUUGCCAUGCAUGCAAAGCCACUCUCAGAAGCCCGCCUCCUGGUCUCGUCAGUAGUCACAGUGCCCAGACAUCUGUGCGCAGCUGCUGGGGAGUGGACCUCUGUCCCCUGCCCACAGGGAUCCCCAACUCCUGACACCCUUCGAUCUCACCGCGUGGCAUCUGGGAGCGGGCCCACCCCAGGCCCAGGCAGCAGAGGUCAGGAGGUGGCACUGAGCCAUCUGUCAUCACCUAGCGCCGUGCUCUUGGGUGUGACCUAGAGCUUGCCGGGGGUUCUUUUCCGUGGCCACCCCUGACACCUCCCCACUGGUUUGGGUCCCGUUAGCUUCAUUCCCUUCCCAUCCCUGUUGCCACCUGCCCCCGCUGGGGACUGUCACAGCUGCAAGCCUCAGUUCAAAGAACACAGACCUGCCUCCCUGGUGAUGCACUGUGCCAUCUGGGGAGCUGUCAUAUCGCCAGCCUCAGUUUCCCCAUCAGGUGAGAGAAAGGCACUAGAGAACAGACGUCCCUGAGAGCUCUGAGGUUCCAGGAGCAGACUGGCCUGGUGUCUGUCCUGGAACAGUACUUUGUUCGGGGAUAUCUGGCCCCUAGAUGUGGGAGACACCUCCCGGGUACCCCUUCCUCCACACUUCUGCUCCCAGAGUGGCCACGGAGGAAGCCAGGAUGAGGGAUGAAGAUUCUUCCUGCAGCUGCCCAACCUGUUGUCCCCCUCCCAUGUCAGAACAUGGAGAAGAAGUCUCCUGCCCUCCUCUCCCCUCCUGGGGGCUUCCCCAAGACAGGCCACAGAACCUGUCACGUGGAGACGGAGGACAGUGACUUCCUACCUCCCAGAGGAGCCGAGAGGCCUCGUGGCACAUCACAUGGUCAGGGAGGCCACAGUCCUGGUUGGUGGCAGGCGUGUGCCUUCCUUUCUCCCCAGCAAGAAGCCCUGAUUCCGUUGUCCUUCUUUUCCCAUGGGGCAGGGACAGAACCAGCUGCCAGUACUGGGUCACUUGAUUUUGCCCCAGCAUUGUGCCUCUGUGGGAAAAACAAAACAAAAACAAAUCAGACCACAAAAUGGGCCUGAAAUCCAGUGUUUACCGUGGCUCCAGGACACCCAUCUGGUGCCUGGUCGCCUUUAGUUUUCAAAUGAAAAUGCUUUGUGCAAGUGAGGAUUUACAGUAAAGUGCUCACCAAAGGUCCAGAGAGUGAGGUAGUAGAGAAGGAGAGACCUGCAGCCGGGGGGCUGCAGGGUAGAUUUUUGGGGCCCCCCUCUGAGCACUUAAAGCCCAGGAGCCUUUGCUGCAGCAGGGCUGUCCAGUUGCCACCCACCCGCACAGCAGGCUGGCAGCAGCACCACCCAUGCUGAGGCACUGCCACUGGGGACUCCCCAGCCCAGCACUUCACUGGGGUGAGGUGACCCAAGUGGCCUGGACCCAAGGCUUCUGUCCCCAGAAAAAAGCUGCAGAUGGCAGUCAUCCUGCUGGGCUUCUAAUGAGAAUGCUCCCAGGGGAAGACGGUGUGCUUAGCUCCGCUCGAGGAGAAGCAGAGAGCGUGGGGACCCUUGGCGCAGGAUGGCUGGGGCCUGCACCUGAGCUGCAAAGGCGGGGAAACUGCAGAAUAAACCCAGGCUCCAGGCCACAGCAGGCCAGGCCCAUAGGAAAUAGGCUGUCACCCCUAAGUGACUUUCACAGCGGGCUGGUCCAGCUGGCAGGCUUUGCCUAGCCAUCUGUGCAGGCAGCCACCUCGGGCACUGGGCCUGAGGGGGACACCUUGUUUCCCCCUUACACUGUUGGGGGGCGCUCUGUGACCGGUAGAAGACACCGCGGUCUGGGCUGUGUACCGUGGGAACGUAGUGCUCAGAGGGUCUAGGAGCCCAGAGACAAGAAAGCUGUGGUGCUGGUGCAUUCAAAAAGGGACUGUUGCCUACAGUCGUAGACAUAGAGGCCUGGUGGGGAGACCCCGGUGCUCACCCCAGAUGCAGUAUUCGAUAGCUCUACUUGUGAAUUUGUAUUUAUUUUGAGUUAUACUUGACACAGAAUUCCUUUUUUAAAAAACAAAAAUACUAUGUGUGUAUUUUGAGGGAAAAAAAUGCGUAGAUGUUAAAAUUUCUGCAUGGUUACCACUUUUUUUUUUUUUUUCACAACACUGAAUUUGGUAGCUUCUCCCCCACAAAAUCUUCCCGGAGACUUUUGUUUGUAUAUAUUUGAUGGCCUUUUUUUUUUUUUU